UCCCACAAAAUGUGGUUAUUAAAACCUUUGUCAGAGACAGGUAAAACAAUUUCUUUGUUUACGAAUAAUGUGUAUGUAGUCGGACGAAAAGACUGCGACAUUCUACUCCCAUUAGACCCUGCUAUCAGUAGAAGACACGCUCAAAUAAAAAUCUCACAUCCUGAAACUAACACAUCAAAGCCAGACCAUUUACCAAUAAUUUUACUAACCGACCUUUCAAAGUUUGGAACCUGGCUUAACAAUAACAGGCUGAAAAAAGAUGAAGAGAAAACACUAAAUGAUGGCGAUCAGGUUACCUUUGGUUCUCCCAAAUCUUCCUUCAGAGUCGUGUAUGAACCAUUCAUCAUUUCAACAUCUUGUCUGGAUAAUCCAUCAAAGAAGCUUGUCCGAACACAUGUUACUUCAUUAGGGGGUCACAUGGUAAAUGAGUGGCGGCCAGACUGCAGUUUACUAGUGAUGAAUAACCUCAGCGUCACCAUCAAGGUCAUUGCAGCAUUAGUUUCACAAAAACAUAUAGUUACUCCUAAGUACAUCGAAAAAGUGGUUGAGUAUACCAAGGAGGGAAAACUACUGCCUAAUCCAGAUUUGUUCCUUCCAAGUAUCUCGGAGACGCAAAUAAACCCGGAUCAAGUCUCCUUUAAACCAAACAUAAAGAGGGCAUCAAUAUUCCAAGGCAUGAAGUUUAUCUUUCUCAACUCUAAACAGUUUAAGAAGAUGAGCUUGACAGUGGAGAUGGGAGGAGGCCUGCCGAUUUUGAUGGAUGACCUGUCCAGUGGUGACAUGGAGAUGCUGAUAGAGCCUGGAUCUGUUGUAAUGCAGAGUGAUCCAUCUGAUGCUUCACAAGGAUUCUUACAGACAAAUGUAGACUGGAUUACCAAAGUCAUCAAGUACCUCAAAAAACAUAGGAAACACCUUAUUCAGGAUGCUGAGUUAGGAUUUGCUGUUCUCCACUGUUCAACAGAGCAACAUUGUAACCCAGAUGUGCCAUUCAUGAGCCAGAUACCACAGCCAAAUGUUCCCUCUCAGUCGCUCACACAGACAGAUGUACUGGCCCACAACACAGAACCAGGGAGCAGAUCUCCUGUAAUUGAAAGAAAAAAUGAUCCUGUUCAAAUUAAUGAAACAAGAAUAGAAACAAAUGACAAGUUGCACACGAUUCCAGACAAGAAAGAAUCACAAAAGACAGAUCACAGAGUCCAUAGAAGAAUUUCAGAAAAUGAAACCAUCAGGGAGACAACCCAGCUGGGGACAGUUGAACAAAGUGCAUCUAGAAAUGAAGCAUCUGAAUCAGUGGAUGGGCAGUGUUUGGGAAGGCAGAUCAAAAAAGAAAAAAUAACUCCUGAAAAACCAGAAUUUAAAAGACAAAGUCCAAGAAGAUCACCUAGUCCAUCCACAUCAAGACAUUCACCGAAAAAAAGGUCAACAGAGAAAUCAAACAAGUCACCUAGUCCAGGCCCAUCAAGUAAGACAACAUUGUCCAGAAAAUCUGCUGGGAAGGGAAAAGAAACUCCUUUAAUGACUGAUUUCAAAGUGGAAUCAAAUGUAGAUUCGGAGGAGUUAAGCACAGUGUACGAGACAGAAAAAAAUAAGGCAUCUGUGAGUGUAGACUUGGGAGAGAGUGAGUGGUCCUCAAAACAGAGAAAGACAAGCAAGACAGACUCAAGAUUGUCACUGAGGAAACAGAGUCCUGAAAAGCCGAGCCCCGCUCAAGUGACAUCGAGUGGGAAAACUAGGGAGAAAAGGAGGAUCAUUGUCGAAGAUUCAGAUGAGGAAUUCCUACCAAGUUCAAAGAGAUCAAGAAAUCAACCUCAGAUGGAAGAAGAGGUGGACUUAUUUGAUGUAAAUUCAAUUCGGCCACGAGGCUCUCAUUCAAAAUCUGAUGAUGCAGAUGAAGAGGACUUGUUUGAUGUAGGGGUCUCCAAAGCAAGCAAGAAAUCAAAACCGAACUCUAACCAACAGAAGACUAGCAGCAGAAACUUGUCUGAAGAAGCGGGAUCUGAUGAGGAUCUGUUUAAUGUUGAGGAGAGAUCCCCUAAAAAGUCAUCAAAGAAAUCUCCAGAGAAAACAUCAUCCAAUGGAGAGGGGAGUACAGAAAGAGUGUCCAGAAGAUUGGAAGAAGAAAGAAACAGCAUAAGAAUCAAGAAAGAAUUACCAGACGUGAAUGGACACGGAGAGGAAGUGACUGGUACAAGAACUCAACCUGUAACUCUAGAUGGUUUUCUAAAUGCCAGGGCACAGAUAGGGACUGCAGCCAUAAAGUCAGAGUAUAUAAAGGAAGAGGAUAAGCCAUCCAGGUGUAUUGUUACAAAGUUUGUAGAUCUGGUAGCCCGUCCUCCACGAUCAGCGCCAAUGGAUACAGGGGAGGCCACUCCUGAUGGGUAUACCAGAUGGAAAGGCAAACUGGUUAGGAACUUCAAGAAAUUCAAGAAGAACCAGAAUUGUGGAUCCAGUGGACUUCCUCGCAUUAUAGGUGGCAGUGACCUGCAGCCACAUGUCCCCGCCCAGAGCAAGGAAGUAGAAGAGUGGUUCAGAGAGGCUCGAGAGGCAGAAAGCCAGGAGACGGAGGCUGAGAGAAGGGCACAGGAGUUGUUUGACUUUGAACCAAGUAAAACUAUUCAUGUGCAUAUCUACUUCAACAUGGGACUUUGGAGGUCCGUUAGAAAACUAGACAAGACUGUUCUGGGCCAAAGGUUAAGGAGUUUGAACAUUAACUUCCAGAGAUCAAAACAUGUUGUAUCUUCACAAGAGUGUCUGACAUAUUCCAGACUCUCCAUUAUCCUCCAAAGAAAAUACCGAGUGGCUACAAGCAGAUACUACUGCACAAUAGAGACAACUCCACAAAACAAAGAUGGGGAGAUCCAGGAGACAGAUAUACCCCCUGAGGGAAGUCAGAACAAAAAGAGAAGUGUUAGUAUGAAAAGUACGAUAAGGAAUUUUCUGAUGAACCACAAACUGCCUGUCGAGUUGGGCCACACUCAUUUUAUUACAUCUUGUCAUGUUGCAAAGUCUGAAGUUCCACCUGGGAAGAAAAACUUGUAUAUUAAUUAUAACACAGGAUCAUUUGUAUGUACCACCUGUCAACAUUUUGGAGAAUGGUCAAGUCUUAGAAAGAAACUUCUCUCUGAUGCAAAGGCAGAAAAUUUAAAUUCCUCAAAGUGUUUUCAAGAUGGAGAUGAAUCAGAAUUAGUUAAGAGUUACUGUGACAAUGGAUUGGAGUACACCGAGAAUAAGGAACCAGUGACCUCUAUGUAUGAGGAAGAAUUUACUGCUAUGACCCAUCUCUAUCAUUGUCAGGGUUUGAAACCCGAGACUUUUUCUCGACAUAAGAUUCUCUACACCACUGAUGAUAACAAUCUUCCCAUUCUACACCUGCCGUAUGUAAACCCAGCUCAGCAAAUGGUGGGAAUGAGGACUAUGUCCCUCCAACAUACUGUGACAACAACUACAGAAAAAAGUUUGAAAGGAAAGAAAACAACUGAGGAGGAACAAGGGGAAGAGGGGCAGAUGUUUGAUGUUGUCAAAAGCUAUAAACCAAGAAUUGGACUUCAACAACUGUUCGGUUGGCAUGGCUUCAAGAGGGAUUCCAGAAAAUAUGAGAAUGUUGUAAUUACUUCUUCUGAAUUUGAUGCCAUGGCAGUCACCCAGGAAACAGACAUGUUAGGUCUGGCUGUUCCCAAGGGAUCAGAACUUCCUCUUGAGUGUCUGCACACCUUGGAGCAUGUGAAGAAAAUUAUUAUCUGGCUUGGAGUUAAGGACAGUACCCGAGCAACAUCUAAGUUAUUUGCCAAGAAACUUGCUGGCAGAAAUAGAUGUUCAAUUGUUAGACCAGAGAUGGUCAAAGUAUCGGGUCCUCUGGAUGCUCUACAAAAAAAGAAGAAAUUGAAAGAGAUUUUACGAGAAAGUGUUCCUGUUGACCUGGAUAAUAUAGUGGGAUUUGAGAGUCUGACCAAUGAAGUGUAUGCAGAGUUUGCUAAUGUGGAACAAGUUACAGGGGUCAAGUGGAAGCGCUUUGCCCAGAUGAAUCACUUGUUACAAGGACUUCGCCCAGGAGAAUUGACUUUGUUCAGUGGCACUACGGGUUGUGGAAAAACUACAUUUCUUGGAGAGUACUCACUGGAUCUAUGUGUACAGGGGGUAAAUACCCUUUGGGGAAGUUUUGAGAUUAACAAUGUUCGUAUGGCGAAAAUGCUCCUUAGACAGUUUGCUGUUAAGAGUUUUGACGAGUCUCUAGAGGACUACGAGGUAUGGGCAAACCGCUUCAAACAACUGCCAUUGUAUUUCAUGACCUUUCAUGGACAGGAAGAUUUUAAUAAAGUUAAAGAGACAUUGAUCCGAGCUGUGUACGCUAACGAUAUACAACAUGUCAUCCUGGAUAAUCUGCAGUUCAUGAUAGGAUCAGGGUAUGACAAUAAUUUUAACAAGUUUGAUGUCCAAGACUUCAUCAUUGGAGAAUUAAGGAAGUUUGCCACAGAUUUCAACUGCCAUGUGACUCUUGUGAUACAUCCUAGGAAGGAGAAUAUAGAUCAAGAGAUCACCAUUAGUUCUAUUUAUGGAAGUGCUAAGGCCACACAGGAGGCCGAUAAUGUCAUUAUACUACAGACAAGGAGACUGUCAACCUCAGUCACUAAAAAGUACAUACAGGUGGUAAAGAACCGCUUUGAUGGGACCACUGGCUCCAUGAUGCUUAAGUUUGACAAAGGAUCACUAACUUUCUCUGGAGUCAAGUCCAACAUUAAGAAAUCUAAAGACAAGAAAUCCCAAGAAGAGUCAGAGGAGGAUGUCAUUGACGAGAAGAAACUGAAAUACAAAGUGUAUCUGGACACAGAAGGGACGACAUACACAGAUAAAGGACCAAAGCCCGAGUCUGGAAGGUUUGUCUGCUUUGAUCAUAUUACCUUCUGGGUUGGAAAUGCAAAGCAGGCGGCCUCGUACUACUGUACCCGUGUGGGAUUUGAACCUUUUGCCUAUAAAGGUCUGGAGACGGGCAGCAGACAGGUGGUAUCUCAUGUCGUCAAACAGAACAAAAUGAUCUAUAACUUCCAGUCUGCCUUAGAGCCCAACAAUCCUAAAGAGAUGGGAGAGCAUAUUGUGAAACAUGGUGAUGGGGUCAAGGACAUUGCAUUUGAGGUUGAGGACCUACAGGCCAUAUUCAAGAGAGCUGUCACUAAGGGAGCCAUUGUUGUAAAAGAACCAUGGGAAGAGUCAGAUGACGAUGGCACAGUCAAAAUGGCCGUCAUCAAAACCUAUGGGGACACAACACAUACACUGAUUGACAGGUCUGGAUACAAAGGCUUGUUCUUACCUGGAUAUAGGGCUACAACCUACAAGGAUCCACUUGUUGAAUUGCUACCUAAACCAGAACUUCAGUUUGUGGAUCACAUUGUGGGAAACCAACCUGACAAUGAAAUGACUGACAUCGCAGACUGGUAUGAAAAGAACCUGAUGUUCCACCGUUUCUGGUCCGUUGAUGACUCUCAAAUCCACACCGAGUACUCUGCUCUCCGUUCCAUAGUCGUCACAAACUAUGAAGAAACCAUUAAGAUGCCAAUCAAUGAACCAGCACCUGGGAAGCGGAAAAGUCAGAUUCAGGAAUUUGUUGAUUACUAUGGUGGAGCAGGUGUCCAGCAUAUCGCAAUGAACACCAAUGAUAUCAUCAAGACGGUUUCUAUUCUUCGUGAAAGAGGUUUACAGUUCUUGGAAAUCCCCAAAACUUACUACAAAAACCUCAGAGAGAGGCUAAAGAAAUCAAAAGUGAAAAUAGCAGAGGACAUGGACAGAAUUCAGAAGUUGAACAUUUUGAUAGACUAUGAUGACAAUGGAUACCUACUUCAGAUCUUUACUAAAAUCAUGCAGGACAGACCUACCCUUUUCCUGGAGGUCAUUCAGAGACACAAUCACCAGGGAUUUGGAGCUGGAAAUUUCAAGUCAUUAUUUGAGGCUAUUGAGUUGGACCAAGCUGAGCGUGGGAAUCUGUGAUGGACAGGACAUUGUGUGAUGUUCAGUGGGAUUUUGGAGGGAUCAGAUAGAGUGACAUAUAAUCAGUACUGUGUACAUUGUUCCUAUGCUUUCUCUAUAGAAUCUCAUCUAUAAACAUAUACAUAUAAUUAUGUAUAUACUCCAGAGGGUGAUACUCUAUCUGUUUUUUGUCCAUUUUUUUGUGAAAUUGAUUCACACUUUGUAUUGUUUGAUAUAUUAUGUUGGGACUGACCAAAAAAGUUUUUUGUCACCAUCAUAUUUUUUUUUUUUUUUGUAAGAAGGACCUGGAAAUCUCAGUUUGAUUUUUAUUUUAAAAAAUCCUAGUCAGUAGUAAAGUUGUCAUGUUGCUUUAUUUUAUCAGAAUCUGUUGAUUAUCAAAGUCUCCUAACACUAUUUCUUUCUUCCUAUGCUAAAAAUUAACAUUAUAAUGUACAUGAGGGGGUAAUAUAUGCUAUAUAUAUCUACGCGUUAGCGCUUCAUGAUAAAUAUGCAGGCAUGAAGCGUUGUAGUUCAUGUACAUCAUGAAUUCUCAAAAAUUAAAUGCAUAUCUUAAAUUUACAUUAUUUUUCUGAUGACUUGCCAAAUAUUUUUGUCAUUCAACAAUCAUUUUUGGAAGAAAAAAAAAGUUUGCACUAUUUUUUGACUUCAAUCACAUCACAAUGGAAAUAUUCUUGCUCAUCCCUUGGUAGUUCAUGAGAACAUGAACUUUUUCUAAUUUGCAAAGAAUCUAACAGAAAAAUAUUUGGAAAUGUAAAUAUUUACAAAUAAUUAUACAUAAUCAAUGUAAGUGUAAUGUUUUUACUUCUAAUAACACAUAAUUAACAACAUGUAAAAAUCUACUUUUACACUAGUAUGACAUACUGGAUAAAAAAAAAAUUACUCUGGGCAAACACUACAUAGUACAUGAAUGUAAGUGUUUUAUGGACUGUAAUACUACCCCCCCCCCCCCUUUCCAAUUCAAAAAAAAAUGUUGCGAGUACAUCAAAGAAUGUCUCAUUUUUAUCAUGUGAUACUACUCUCAUUUUUGUGACAUCCAGAUAGAUAUAUUUUUUCAUGAAAUAUACAAAUGUCAUGUGAUACUGUUCUUAUUUCUGUGACAUUCAAUAAAAGGAAUGUAGUCUAUACAGUAAAACACAGUUAUAGUGGACAUGCUUUUUACAGCAAAGAGGUUUUCCUUCCCUGUAGAUUUAAAAUGUUUUAUGAACUAUAUGGAUAUUACGAAUUACGUUUAUAACGAAACAAAACUGUUCAUCUCUGGUUCUUCAUUAUAAGCGUGUUUUACUGUAAAUUGUAAAACUUGCUAUUUAUAGAAAGACUUCGCUAAAUAGUCAAGUGUGACACUUUUUGUAAACUGUUGUGAUCAAAGUAAUACCUUGUGUUGAAUUUAUCGGUAACAACAGUUGUCAUUUUAUAAAAUACAUUUUCUCUAGGUGGUGACCAAGGUCUGUGUCAGAAACCUUGAUUAUACUUGUAAAUAUUGAUGCAUUGUGGGAUUGCUUUAUGUAAGAUCUGGUUUCUAUAGAGAUACAAAUAGAGAUUUCGACAAUAUAUGUUUCAUUUACUCUGAGUGAGAGAUUAUAUUGGAAAAAUUUCAGCAGUUCAAAAAACAAGAUUUAAAAUAUCAGCUUUAUGAGUAAUUAAAAUAGUUUUGAUUGUUUUGUCUAAUUUAAAGCUAUCUUUGGUAUUGUAUUGUAGUUUGAAGUAAUAAUAAAAUCACUGAAUUUUCAAUUUA